GCUGGCCUGGGCCGGGGAGGGUGCGGGUCCGGCAGCACCCAGCAGGGCGGCGGGUGCAGCCCUGGCCCAGCGCUCGGCUCUCCGCCCCAUUCUGCCGCUGGCAGGGCCAGUGCCGGCGAGGGGACCCGGCUCCAGGGACGGAAGAGCGAGGCCGCGGCGACGGAGGCCGAGGUCCCGGGGGCCUGACUGCUGCCGUGGAAAGCCGUGAGCUCGGCGAAUGCCGAGGGCUCUGGGGUCACUCUCGGCCAGCGGCGAGCCUGAGCACUCGCAGGAUGCUCGCCGGCUCCGGCCUGAAGAACGCUCCGGUGGACCUGCGGGCCAGGUGACCCAGCCCGCCGGGGGCGCGCGGAGGAGGUCCUGCAGUCAGGAGAGGAUGGCCAUGGCCGCUACAGGAGCUGAGGUCAAGGAACCGCAACGUCACAAUGGCUGCCUCGUCCGGCUUUCUAACCCGCACCUGGCCACCAUGAAGGAGGACCUGCUGUACCACUUCAGCCUGGGCACCGGCACACACGACUUCCCGGCCAUGUUUGGGGAUGUGAAGUUUGUGUGUGUGGGAGGAAGCCCCUCGCGGAUGAGUGCCUUCAUCAAGUACGUGGCCGCAGAGCUGGGCCUUGGCCGCCCAGAUGAAGACCACCCCAACAUCUGCACAGGGACCGACCGCUACGCCAUGUACAAAGCUGGGCCGGUGCUGUCCGUCAGCCACGGCAUGGGUGUUCCCUCCAUCGCCAUCAUGCUGCACGAGCUCAUCAAGCUGCUGUACCACGCCCGGUGCUCUGACGUUACCAUCAUCCGCAUCGGCACUUCUGGCGGAAUAGGCCUGGAGCCCGGCUCUGUGGUCAUCACCCGGCAGGCCGUGGACGCCUGCUUCCGGCCGGAGUUUGAGCAGAUCAUCCUGGGCAAGCGGGUGGUCCGCAACACGGACCUAGACGAGUGGCUGGUGCAGGAGCUGAUGCAGUGCUCCAGCGAGCUGGCCGAGUUCAACACCGUCGUGGGCAACACCAUGUGCACCUUGGACUUCUAUGAGGGGCAAGGCCGGCUGGACGGCGCCCUCUGCUCCUACACAGAGAAAGACAAGCAGGCCUACCUGCACGCGGCCCACGCCGCCGGCAUCCGCAACAUCGAGAUGGAAUCCUCCGUCUUCGCCGCCAUGUGCAGCGCGUGUGGCCUGCGAGCGGCUGUGGUGUGUGUCACCCUCCUGGACCGCCUGCUAGGAGACCAGAUCAGCAGCCCACACGAGGUGCUGUCCGAGUACCAGCAGCGGCCGCAGCGGCUGGUGAGCUACUUCAUCAAGAAGAGCCUUGGGAAGGCCUGAGUGUUCCUGACCCACGGCACCCCUGGGACAGCUGCUGUGAUGAGCGCCAAUAAAAACCUUUUCCAGAACCCCCGACUGCGUGGCUGAGCGUCUGGGGAUGGGACUGCUCUUCAGAGACCAGGAGUCCUGGAUUAACCACA